AUGUCAUCUAUUAUCUAUUCGCGGUCACAUUCAUCAUUGUCCAAACCUCCUAUUCAAUUCAGUUUCGUACCACCAAAAUUACCGGUGGAAUCGGAACAAUAUGGCCAUCUACUUAUUGAAUAUGUUUCGUCUAUGUGCAUGGCAUUCAAUAUUCAAGCUAUGACAUAUAUCACCACACUUGAUGGUUAUCAUCGUAUGGAUAAUUUAGACAUGCAACGUGAAUUUCUUACCAUUGAUGCUGAUCGACAACGACAAACAACGUAUUUAACCAGUGAACUUUUGAAGGCUACUCAUCGAUUUAAUCUACGAGGUGCAAUUGAAUUUAUUCGUGAACGAAUAAAAUCCCAAUCAUCAUCAUCAUCGUCUACUUCACAUUCAUCUCCGACUUCUGCAAGCGUCAUAGACGAGCCGAUGCAAAUGUUAUUAAAUGAUCAUGAAUUUUAUCAUGAACUUUCACAAGCAGUACUUUCGAAUCAGAUUGUCUUCAAUGAUAUUCAACGUUCGAUGGUGGGAUUAUAUCAUUCAUUAAGUAAAUACUUUCAUUCUCAACAGACAUGCGAAAAUAUUGUAAUUGAUGCUCGUUUACUUGCUCCCUUUGAACAGUUCGUGAUUGGUGUAUUAUUUAAACGAUUUAAUAUUCCAUCGAUAUAUAUUGAUAAGGACGGUAAUAUGGCUAUGUUUCCCUACAAUCUCAAAGAUAUAUCAUCUGACCAGUAA